AUGAAGUAUAUAAUUGAGCAUAUGGAGGACGGUUUUAGUGAGUGGGUCAUUCUGGAGUAUUCCCAGAUUAUUCGCGAUGUCGGUGCCAACAACUUAAUUUUAUCAUCACUACCUGAAGGUACCACUGAAAAGGAUAUCCCUAAGAGGCUACUGGACCUUGGUUUGAGAUGGACUUGCGCAGAUUUGGCAGGGCUUCAGAAAUCCUUCCCAGACUUAACACCUCUCCAGAAUAAAAGAGUAUGCCUCUUGGAUCCUAGAGCUAGUGAGGAUUUACAGCCUUGCGAUGUCGACCAAUUCGAUUAUUUUGUAUUUGGUGGUAUAUUAGGUGAUCAUCCACCAAGGGACCGUACAAGCGAAUUAAAGAUAGCUUAUCCUAAUUUGGUUGUUGGUAGAAGAUUGGGUGACAAGCAAAUGACCACUGAUACGGCCGUGAGAACCACUCAGCUCAUAGUCAAAAGUGGAACAAAAUUCGAGGACAUUAAAUUUAUGGACUACCCCGAAUUUAGGUUUAACAAGUAUGAAGCAACUGAGAUGCCUUUUAGAUAUGUGAUGAAUAGCGAAAGCAAGCCGAUUCUGCCAGAAGGUAUGUUAAACUUGAUUAAGAAAGAUUCCCAACAAAGUUUAGAUGAUCUUUUGUAG